UACAUGGGUAGGUAGGUACCUACGUAUUAAUUAUUGUGGUAUUAUUGGUCUUUCGUUCAAUUUGGCAUAGAUUUUAAUAUUAUUCGUCCAUUAAAAAAUAGGUAUCUAUAAAAUAAAAUUGAUAAGGAUUGUUGUGGAACCGCAAAACAUAAUAAGGAAGCCAUCGCCCUAACAAGCAACAUGGCCAGUGAAAGCAGUUCGGCGGUGCUUGACCUGAAUGAUGGAGAUGAGACUGAGGAGACAGAGGCUAGUGUCGUUGAAGACCUGAAUGAGGACCUCCAAGACGCUGUGCCUCUUAUCAUGGAUACUGGGUGUGAUAUCGCUGUGAAGGUGGACGCCCCAAUGAAACAGAUGUCGACUCUAGAGACGUAUGUGACGUAUCGCGUGCGCUGCGUGUGCGCACGCUGGCAUGGCCCUCCCGCCGUGCGGCGACGGUACAACCAUUUUAAGGUACUCCACCAGCGGCUGUCGUCGUCGUUCCCGCUGGUGGCGGCGCCCCCCCUGCCCCCCCUCCACUCGGCGCGCCAACAACUCGACAGAUACUCGGCGUCCUUCGUAGCUAUCAGAACGCUGGGAUUAAACGCCUUUCUUGACCGCGUCGCAAGACACCCCAUACUGACUCACAGCGAGGAUUUCAGAUUGUUCCUCACCCUCCCUGAUGAGGAACUGGAGAAGGUUUUUAAAAGCGAGAGCAGUGCUCUUAACCUUUGGGGCUUAAGCAGCGCCCUCUACGGCAGUGGGGAGGCUAAACCCACUAAUGGGGCUAGAGUGAAAGACCCCGAAUUCUCUUCUAUAGAGGAUUACUUGACGUCAUUGGAACAGAAGCUCACAACAUUAUGUACUUUAACGACAAAACUGCACAAAGGUUUGGACGAAGUGUCCAACGAUUUUAUGGGUAUGAAGCGGUGCUGCGACGCAUGGGCCUCGGGCGCCGGCGGGCACACGGCGCUGGCGGCCGGCGCACUGGCCGCCGGCGCUGCCCGCGUACCCCGCCCCGCGCCCCGCCCGCCUCCGCCCCGCGCACUGCUGCCCAUGCUCGUUGCGUACUCUAGGGCGCACAGAGAGAAGCUGAAGAGGAGGCAGGCGUUGCACGCCGCGUACGUCGCCGGCAACACGUCAGAUGACUUACAUAACAGAUUAGAACAGUCAUCGGAGGCGCUCCGAUCCGAGCUAUCGGAUUGGUUACCGAAAACACGUUCGGAUAUCAAGUCAAUAUUAAUAGAUGUAGCCGACAGCCAAGUGAACAGACACACGUUAACGCUGCAAGCGUGGGAACACGCUUUGAAACUUUCAACUGAGACGGACCACAGAGAGAUUUUUAAGACUGUUUCAAAAACAGCCGUGCAUAAUCUGUCUCCGUCGAAAUGCGAUAAUAACUUUGAGAGUGACAGCUUGAGCGAUAUCGAGCACGCGGACCCGUUGGACGCCGAUUUGUCGUGAUCGCGUGGGAAUUUUGGGAAAUGUGGGAAUUGUAAAUAUAGACUGGUGUCAAACGCAAAACCUCCUAAAUACUACUUGGGUACAUCAAAACAAGCAACUUUUAUUCUACGACUUUACGUGAUUCGUAGUUUAAAAAAAAAUGCAAUCUAAUUUGCGAUUCUACACAACUUAACUCUAUGUAAUAGUCAAGCAACACGAGACAGUACAGUAGCGUUAUGUAGCGGAAUCGAACAUAGAGUUAAUGUUUUAUAGAAACGACAUUAAAACUAAAAAAAGGGAAAUUUUUGUAUUUAUUACGUUUAGACAAAAGUCGUAGAACAAAAGAUUAGGCUAGUCUUUAUGUACCUUAUGCGCUUUUGGAAGGUUAUGCGUUAGAUACUAGUAACCCAGUAUGUAUAGAAUUGGAAACAGACAUUACAUAGACACUUGAUGAGUCUAUACAGGGCGUAAAUAUACCUCCGACAAAGCGAUUACGUGGGUUUCGCCCACGUAAACUCCCCAUCAAUAUGAACAUUUUCCCCAAAGAAACCAUGUUUGGGAAAUCAGUAAUUACCGUGAUAAUGAGGUUCAAAGUUGAAUUGAAAAUUUUCAUUUUUUCUUUUGCAGAUUUGUCUAAUUUAUCGUGUAACCGCCAUUUCAUCCAAAGAAACCUCAUUAAAAUGUUAAGGAAUUCCCAAUCAAAACUAACUGUAAAGUUUAAUACAUGCAAUGAAGAAUGUCGUCGCUACAGCGACACACGCGCACAAACUCACGGCUCACAGCUGAUUCGCGCGCGAGCCGAGGUCAUUGACACGAUGUGCCGCGCUAUGUUCGCUGUGCACUGAUUUUGAUUGUUUUUGAUAUUGAAUUUUUAAAUUAUUUUCCUAUAUCCCAGUCAUAUUUUUACUAUGAAGUAACUUUAAUUGGGGUACCGUAUGCAUACCUUACGGCUGUGUCGGACGUACUUUUACACCAUGUAUAGUGUCUAGUCUGAAUAUUUCUAUACAAUUUCCCGACACAAUACUAAUCUCAUACAAAGUAACAGACGCCGUGAUGAAAGACAAAAUAUAUCAGCGCUAUCUCGUUUUCUUUGUUAUUUUAACUAAACUUUGACCGCGGCUUAGCCCGCGCGAAUUCCUCAGCGAAAGCGGAACAGACACGAUUUUCAUACAAACGUUCACCCGCCAUUACAGACAUUUCUGGGUCGAUUUUUUGAAAAAAUAAGUAGGCUAUGAUCGAACAUGUUUUUAAUAUAUCAAAUUUAAUCAAAACCGUGAAAAUUUAGCCGUGAAAGCGAACAGACAUACAAAAUUUCGCAUUUAUAAUACUAUAUAUUAAUAGUGUGGAUAGGAACAUCUCUUUAUAAUCUUCCAUAUCCCAUAUCUGUUGAUAUGA